GGUGUUUUUGUGCGGCGCCAAACGUCCCACAUGUGUGAUCUUGAUGAAUGGGGACUUAAACUGAGGCGGUUUUACUGUGGAGCUGAGAUCUUUGCGGGCUUUGUGCUUUUUUCGGGGGAGAGAGAAUAAGUCCAGUGUCGGAGUGAAGGAGCAGAGGGUUUAAAGGCAGUUUGUGGACUGACUGCGGUAUUAUGGCGAGGUUUGAUGUGCUGUGCAGAUGGACUGCGUGCAGGCUGCAGAGGUGCAGGGCACACAGAGCAGCUGCUCACAUAAAACCCAGGCUGGUGCUGGGCAUCGAGACCAGCUGUGAUGAGACCGGAGCCGCAGUCCUGGACGAGACGGGGAGCAUCCUUGGAGAGUCUUUACACUCCCAGAAAGAAGUGCACUUGAAAACAGGUGGGAUUAUCCCAAUGGUCGCCCAGCGUCUCCAUAAGGAAAACAUCUCCAGAGUGGUCCAGGAAGCCUUAGACAGGAGCAGGGUUGCACCCAGUGAACUUUCUGCUGUGGCCACAACGGUGAAGCCUGGUCUGGCCCUGAGCCUGGGCAUUGGUUUGCAGUUCAGUCUGAGUUUUGUAAGGCUUCACGAAAGGCCUUUCAUCCCCAUCCAUCAUAUGGAGGCCCACGCCUUGACUGUGCGGAUGUUGCAGCCGGUGGAGUUUCCCUUUCUGGUGCUGCUUGUGUCUGGAGGUCAUGCUCUGCUUUCAUUAGCAAAAGGAAUCGAUGACUUUUUACUUUUAGGGCAAACAUUGGAUGAAGCCCCGGGGGACACUUUGGACAAGGUAGCAAGAAGACUGUCUCUUAUUAAGCAUCCAAAAUGUUCCAGUCUUAGUGGUGGGCAAGCAAUUGAGCUCUUGGCGAAGGAAGGUGAUCGACUCAAGUUCCACUUCAGGUCACCAAUGGGACAGCACUACGACUGCAAUUUCUCAUUUGCUGGUCUGCGCAACCAAGUGACAAUGGCUAUAAACAAGAAGGAGAAAGAGGAAGGCAUCCAGACAGGACAGUUAUUAUCAUGUGUAGAGGACAUUGCUGCUGCCACACAGCACACUGUAGCCUCGCACAUAGCUAAGAGAACACAUCGGGCCAUUCUGUUCUGUAAAGCCAAAGGUCUUCUACCACAAAACAACCCAACUCUGGUUGUGUCUGGAGGAGUAGCUAGCAAUGAAUACAUCAGGGAAAUGCUGAGAAUCGUCACAGAUGCCAAUGGAUUGCAACUGCUCUGUCCGCCAGCAAAAUUCUGCACAGAUAAUGGAGUCAUGAUUGCAUGGAAUGGUGUGGAGAGGCUAAAGGAGGGAAAAGGGAUAUUGUCCCACCUUCAGGAGGUCAGCUAUGAGCCAAAGGCUCCACUUGGCAGGGAUAUAUCUACAGAGGUGAGAGAUGCUGCAAUCAAAGUUCCUUCUUUAAAACUGAAGAUAAAAAGCUAAAUGUUGAUAGUUUCUUUGAACUUCCUUACUGUAAUCCUAAUAUAUUAAUAAAAAAUUCUCUAAACAUUAAA